AUGCUGAAAUCUCUUCUUCCUUCUGGGAUUCGUGAGAUGACGAAGAUCAUCCGUCCAAUAUGGAUUGACGAAAGGAUUCCUGACUCGUGGAGACACGCUAUUAUAAUUCCUCUCCGCAAGAAGCUAUCCGUCACAGUACCCAGAAAUAACAGAGGAAUAUCAUUGCUGCGUGUAAUGUACAUGUUUCUGAAGCGGAUCAUCCUGGAUCGGCUAAUCAGACACCGCGAAGAAACCACCCGCAACGAACAAGUCGGCUUUCGCCCUGGUCGAUCGAAGACUGAUCAGGGCGAAAGCAAAGUUCGGCCGACCAGGGCGAAGACUCUCUAUUCUGAGGAGACUGAUUGA